UUUGUAGGAAAAAGUGGGGAAAAUAUUUGAAAUUAGCAAAACAGUGCACCUUUAAGUUAUGAAAAGAAAGAAAAAAAACUCAUAUAUCAAUUGAAGCUUUUAUCUUUUACUUACGUCCGCGCUACUUUAUAUAUGUAUAUCUAUUGUUCAAGGCCAAAUUUGUAUAUCGUCAGGUACAGAGCCUGUCACUGAUCUGGUCGCUGUACAGCGCAUGCGCAGUAUCCGCCCGUCAGUCUGUAUUCGGAUGACUCGAGACAGCGCAGGGUUGGGUGAACGCGUCCCAUCAUGCAGCGCGCCACAGUCCUCCCUCGCUCACCCCCGCAGUAGGAGACUCACAUCCAGGGAUCGGACUAAUGGCGGCCGGCAAAUCCGUGCGCUGACACGAAAUCCACAACAGCCGCUCAGGUGCCAGCCGAUUUCGUGGGGGGCAGGGCGACGUCGCAUCGCUACACGGACGGUAAAGUAGGGAGGGCUGAGGGAAAACAAUCGGCGACUUCUAGCAGGACUUUCCUAUUUUUAAACAUGGAUGAACAGCCCGGCGGAGGAGGAGGAGGAGGAAUGGCCGCCCAGAGACAGCAACAGCAGCAGCCUGCACCGCAGCAGGGCAACAGCAGCAUUAAUCCCCAGAUCGCCAACGCUGGAGGAGCGCCUAUGGUUCAGCAACAACAAGACGAGAUGCCCAGGCCCCAGCAGUACACUAUCCCGGGGAUUUUACACUACAUCCAGCACGAAUGGGCCCGUUUCGAGAUGGAAAGGGCGCAUUGGGAAGUGGAGAGGGCCGAACUCCAGGCCCGAAUAGCGUUCCUCCAGGGAGAAAGGAAGGGUCAAGAAAAUUUAAAGAAUGAUCUUGUUAGAAGAAUAAAAAUGUUAGAAUAUGCAUUAAAGCAAGAAAGAGCAAAAUACCACAAAUUAAAAUAUGGGACAGAACUAAAUCAAGGUGAAGUGAAAAUGCCUAGCUUUGAAUCAGAUACCAAAGAAACAGAGGUCUCGGCUAUACCUCAGAACAGCCAGUUAACGUGGAAACAGGGCAGGCAACUCCUCAGACAAUAUCUUCAGGAAGUAGGUUAUACGGACACAAUACUGGAUGUCCGGUCGCAGAGAGUGCGGUCGUUACUGGGGCUGUCUGGCUCAGAGCAAAACGGUUCUGUGGAAACCAAGAACCUAGAGCAAAUUCUCAAUGGAGGAGAGUCUCCAGCCAAAAGAAAGGGACAAGACAUGAAAAGGAAUCCAGAGGUUCUGGAGACAUUUAAUUUUUUAGAAAAUGCUGACGAUAGUGAUGAAGAGGAGGAAGAUGAGGGUGACAUAAUGGAGGACGUGCCUGACAGGAGCGAUAAACAUAGAAUAAAAAAACAUAAAAUUAAGGUUGGAAAUGAAGGUUUGGCUUCAGACUUACCGGAUGACCCUGACACAGAGGAGGCACUCAAGGAGUUUGACUUUCUGGUAAACGCGGAGGAUGGAGAAGGUGCCGGAGAGGCUCGGAGUUCAGGAGACGGCACAGAGUGGGCUGAGCCUCUGCCAUUCACGCCUGGUGGGGGCAAGUCCUUUAUCAUGGGCUCUGAUGACAUGUUGGAAAGUGUGCUGGGCCUGGGAGACCUCGCGGAUCUGACUGUGUCCAAUGACGAGGCUGAAUACAGCUAUGAUCUGCCAGCCAAUAAGGACGCGUUCAGGAAGACAUGGAAUCCCAAAUAUACCCUGCGAAGCCACUUUGAUGGAGUGCGGGCCCUGGCCUUCCAUCCUGUGGAACCGGUGUUGGUCACCGUCUCGGAAGACCACACCCUCAAACUGUGGAACCUCCAGAAGACAGUUCCUGCCAAAAAAAGUGCCUCUUUUGAUGUGGAGCCCAUAUACACGUUUAGAGGGCAUGUUGGGCCUGUGCUCUCAUUGACUGUGACCUCGAGCGGCGAGCAGUGUUUUAGUGGUGGAAUCGAUUCAACAAUACAGUGGUGGAACAUUCCCAGCUCUAACGUAGACCCUUACGACACAUAUGACCCCAGCGUGUUGGCCGGUACGUUGUUGGGUCACAGUGACGCAGUGUGGGGAUUGGCUUACAGUGGAAUCAAAGAGCGCCUGCUCUCCUGUUCAGCUGAUGGGACGAUCAAGCUGUGGAACCCUCAGGAGAAGUCACCGUGUCUCAGCACAUUUAACUCAGAUAGAGAUCAUGGUUUUCCCACAUCAAUUGAUUUCAAUGGGUGUGAUCCAGCUCAUAUGGUGGCGUCCUACAACAAGGGAGAUGUUGUCAUUUAUGAUCUAGAGACAUCACAGCCCGUCGUGGUAUUCUCUGCACAGGGAGAAAGCGCUAUUCCUUUUGGGAACCACAUUAAUAAAGUAGUCACCCACCCCACCCUGCCAAUCACAGUCACCGCUCACGAGGAUAGACACAUCAAAUUCUUUGAUAAUAAAUCAGGUAAAGCCAUCCAUGCAAUGGUGGCUCACUUGGAUGCUGUUACUAGUCUGGCUAUAGAUCCAAAUGGCAUCUACUUGAUGUCAGGAAGUCAUGAUAGUUCCAUCCGCUUGUGGAACGUGGACAGCAAGACAUGUGUACAAGAGGUUACUGCGCACAGGAAAAAGUCGGACGAGGCCAUAUACGACGUUGCCUUCCACCCAUCUAAGGCAUACAUAGGAAGUGCUGGAGCCGAUGCCCUGGCCAAAGUGUUUGUAUAAAAGCACGUCCGAAUUAAUGCAUACGUGAAGGCGAGAGAAAGAAAGGACUGCUUCACUGCCUUGUGUAACAAGAGUAGCAUUUCUCACACUACAUUGAAGUGGCUUCCACCUACGCUGUCAAACUCACACCACACACACGAUACCAGGUGCCAAGAGGGGGACGUGCCGUUUUUUUGCGAAGCCAGUGUGGAGUGCUCAAUCAGUUUUAAUCUUUUUUUUGUUUUCUUCAAAAAAAGAAAAAAAUAACUGUAAUUUACUGUAAGUCAAAGCUGGAGUGAAACCAGUGUUUGUAGCCUUUUGACUGGUUUUGAACUGAGCUGAUAAUGUGUCCUGUAGGUAUGUUUCAGUGACCAUGGAGUGGUUAUCAUGUUCAUCCAUCAGUAGGUUGUCACCGACCAUCAUCCGGGCACCAGAGGAACCGCCCUGCCGAGCCAUAAACCAGACCCUAAUCUCAGUCACCCUCCUCACCCUAAUGUAGCCUGCAAGCGAAACAGUUAAACUCAGUCAACCUUCAUACCUUUAGCGUUUGUUUCAUUUUUUGUGUAAAAAAAGUAUAGUUUUUAUAAUCAAUUUUAUAUAAAUAAAGACUGUCAUAAAACCGCUGAAAAUCACACUUUUUUUUUUUUUUUUUUUUAAAGGGACUAUAAUCCCACUCAAGCCCUCCAUUUUAUGCGGUUCUUCUUCUUGAAGGUCUUGUGUCUCUGGAAACCCUGGAUGAGUGCUCUCCUUACGCAUACUACAUUGCUUUAACAUUGUUUUAUCACAUAACGGAGAGACUGUACGCUAGUAGAAGCACAUCGCGUGUUGCCCUGAGAGCUUUUAGGAAUUUACAAAUAAACUGCAGCAUCCUGUCACUAUGUGAUGUUUCUGUACACCUUACUGUAAAAUGAGUUUAAGUAUCACAGGUUAGAGAUCCGAACACUAUUUAUUUUCUGUUUGUGGAUAGUCUUAUCCUUCAGAGCAUAGCUUGAUGGUAACUCAAAGAUUGGGCUGUCGCUAACCAAACCGAACAGGUUGUCUGAUAGGAAAUUAACGCAUAUAGGUUCAUAUAAAAGCUCACGCCGUUUCUUGGUUGGCUGAAAACGGAGUUUAAAUUCACCUCAUGAUGCUGGAGAUCAGGAGAGAAACGAUAAGUUUUACUCAUUAUCAUUUACUCACCCUCAUGUCAUUACAGACCUGUAUAACUGGAACGUUAAAGCUACUUUGAGGAAUGAAAUGGAACUCAGUGGAAUGUUAGUUACCAACAUUCUUCCAAAAAUGAAAGAAAACCUUAUAGGUUUGGAAUGAAAUGAAGGCGAGUAAUUGAUAGAAUUCUCAUUUUUGGGAUUGGAGUAAUCAAUCAGAUUUAUUCGAAAUAUUUGGUUUGGUCGUUCUGCCCCAAUCUAUUCAAUGAUUUUUAAAGGAAACAGUGCAGUUUAUGGUGUAACAAAAGACCUUUUUGUUUGUGUAAUGCAUGAUUAAUACUACAAUAAAGUAUUUUUUCUAGUCUUCCAAAAGUUCUGAUCAGUUUGAAGAGUUUUGAUGAGUUUUGUAAGGUUUUUGAUUUACUACGAAUCAACAGAUUUUAAAGAUUGUACCACAUAGCAAAACAACUGUUGAAAAGUAAUGUAUAUAAAAUGUCUAUAAUAAAUAUUAAAUGGUGUAUCUGUAUAUGCAA